AUGUCCACAAUUAUGCAAGGCUUGAUAUUAAGAAAAUACUCAUAAGAUAGAGUAUCUUCGAAGCAGUCUAGUAAUCUCAGUUAGGUAAUGAGUCAAUCAGUACCAUUAUCAGUAAGAAACAGUUAAGCGCCCAAGUUAGCUUAAAAAAUGAAGACUAGAGAGAUUAUCUUAAAUAGAUUUAUGAAAAAGUAUUUCUCAGAUCUUGUAGAUAAAAAGUCAGAUCAUAGAGAUAUUGCUAGAACUUACAGUAUAAUGCAGAUUGCAAAAUAACAAAUCGAUGCGUUAUUUGAAAGCACGGUUACGGCAGGUGAAUCUAUAACAUAAAAAGACAUUGUUAAGCUUGAGUAGCAGAUACUUUCUCGAAUUAGCAUUAAUUCGAACCAUACUUUGCAGAAACAACCUGCGAAUACACAAUCAUUACCAAUGAUCAACACUGUUAAUUAAGCCAAUAGGUCACUAAGCAUUCAGCCAAAUACCAAACCUAUAGCACAAUCUACAUAUUCAAAUAUGUUUGCCAAUCAAUCUAUCUCAAGCAAGAAUGGAAAUCAAACUAUCCUAGAUGAAAUAAAAAGAAAAAAAUUGGAAAACAAUAAGUAAGAUCAUAGCCUUAUUUAGUCUUAGUCAAGCUUGAUUCAGCAAUCUAAUAGAAUGAUUCCAAUCAACUAGACACAUUUAAAUAAUAGUAACAGGAGUUAGAUGAUUCUUUAAACUGGUGAGAGUUAAAGAUCUAGCUUAGGUAAAAUAAAAAAUAACAGCCACAUUCAUAUUUAACGCCAAAGCUCAAAUUAAAAACCUCAAAAUAAAGAAGAAUUAAGCAUUUUCAGUGCAUCUCACUCUAAAUUAAGCACAGUUUCUAAAUCAAUUAAUCAAGAAAAUGAACAAUAUUCUACAGCUUACAAGUCAAAUAAAAAUAUUCUACCCUCUGAAAUAGAUGAAGAUGAGUGGGCAGAAAUAGCAAGAUUCUAGCAAGAAAAAGACUUGUAAAAAUAAAAAUAAGAAUAAGUAGCUUAAAUUAAACGAAAGCUUGAAAUCAAAGCGGUUCUUGAUCAUCAACUGAAAGAGAGAUAAAAUGUUCUGAAAAAAUAGCAAAGUGAUCAAAAGGAAUUUGAGUCUAAUCUUUUGAAGAAAAUAAAAUUAGAAGAAUUGGAGGAAAAGAGAUAGUAAAUUGAGAAAAGGUAAUAGGUCAUCUAAGAAAAAUAGAAGCGUGAUUUGAUGCUUAAGUAAGCGUAGGACCAAAAGUUACAGACUUUCAAGCAGGAGAGAAAUCAAGAAUCUGAGUACUUAGAUAAACUUAAAAUUGAGCUAGACUAAGAGAAGGAACAGCAAGUAUAAAAACGAUUGAAGGAGAUGAAAGAUGCUUAAAAGAUCAUCAAAGAAAAUGAAAUCAUCAAACUGCAAAAGGAUUAGCAGAGGAUAGUAGAAAAACUAAAAGAAAAUGAAAUGAUCGAAAAAUUAAAGUAAUAAGCAGAACUAGAAGAGAAAAAGAGGUAGGAAGAGUGGAAUCAAAGAGAGAAGAAGAUAGAGUAAUCAAUGAAUAGACUGGCUAAUACUGUGAUUAAAAAGAAAGAGGAGAAUGAUAAGUAAUUAGAGUUAAAAAUCAAAUAGUAUGAAGAAUAAAAACAUAGACUUGAAUCGAUUGAAGAGGAAAAGAGAUAAGCUAUUUUAUAGAAAAAUAAUGAAUAGCUGAGAAAAGCACUUAAAGAUCAAUUAGAUGAAAGAUAGUAGCUUAAAAAAUAAGAAUUUAUACAAAAUGAGGAGUUUAUGAGGUAAUGGAUAAAUAUGGGGGAGGAGGAAUAGAUGAAAAUAAAAGAGGAAGAAAAGCGCAGAUUGUCCAAAUAAAGAGAGAACUAGUUUUAUCUAAAAGAACAGAUACAUGGACUUAAACUCAUGAAAAAUCAAGCAGCAAUAAGUAAAAGCCCUAUUAGAGGCACUAUGAAUGAGGAGGAAAUAAAAUUAAACAGGGAAAUCUUACUUGAGAUCAGUAUGGCGAAGAAGAGAUAAUAGAUGGAAUGUUAAGUAGACAGUAAUUCUGGUAAUUAAUCAUUGCCAAUCCAUCAACUAAAACUUGCAAAUUGA